GGAAAAUGUCAGCUGAAACGAGCCCCGACAGUUGUACAAAUAGACGGGAGCGAGAGCGCUCUCCAGCAGAUGGGAGCCCCGACAGUUUGUCGAGCGACACUCUUGGAUCGCCGCGGUCAGACCAGCGUGAAGGGGUGGACCACCAGAACAGGGCUUCUGAAUUUGGUGUAGUCGGUGAGUAUCUGCCAGAUGACCUACACUACAGCACCAGUCACUCUGACGUCACGGCUGACAGCCCUAAAAACGAGGACCACUCACACCCGCCUGGGGACUAUAACACCUCGGAUGUGUUAUCGAUCCUCCCAAUAGAAAUGCCGUCUUUUUCCUGCUUACCAAGUGAGAGGCAGACUGGCACGGACAAAGUGGUUUCAGCUGAUGUCACUUCUCAUAGCAUGAAGGCGGGAGAGGGUGUUACUUCCAACACUUUGUUUCAAAUGGAAGGCGGUGACCAAAACAUCCCAUUGCCUCGUAACGACCACACGCUUAAACAGUUCCGUCCAAACACGUUACACCUUUCCAGGUCCGUGUCUCGUACUGAUGCGACCAACUGGAUGGCCACCAACCCACGGUGCCUGAGGCGCACUGCCCUCUUAUUCAACAAUGCUCCGAUGAAGGUGGACGUUCGCCCGUACAGCAGUCCCGGUGAAUACCAGGCAGCCGGAGGUUAUGGCGUCCAGCUUCCCAACCGACCGUGGACUUGUGUCUACAACCACCAGGGGGCUCCGGCCACCGCGGCUGAAAUCGAAC